UAAAAAGUUAAAAACCGAUUUCAACCGGCAGGUUAAGAAAAGAAGUGAUCACAAACAACAGGGAAAAGCCACCCUCCCUCGAAUCGAUCCCCUUGUAUUCUAUAUAAGCGGGGAGAGCCUCCUUCCGUCUUCCCCGCAUCUCAAAGCGCCUUCAUUAACAAACAGGGCGUAAGAAAGAGAGAGCUUUCUGCAGCAGCGCCCGCCGCCAUUUCUGUUUGGCUUCUUCCCUCCCUCCAUACUCUUGGUUGAAGGGGAGUGUGGUGAUGCAGCAGAAAGGGAGACUCACAAACCGUAGAUCCAGGAGCUUUUCUCGGGCCCGAAUCGCCAUUCAGGGGUACUAGCCUCACACCAGUAUAAUUACUCUUCCCCCAAAACUCUCGGACAAAUUUCCAACCUCCACAUUCCCGGCCCGCUUCCCAUCUCGCUCGUUAACGAAAACCCACCGGAAAAAGAGCAUCAACAAUGGCGGCCAAUGGUGCAGCACCUGUGGUGGAGCGUGAGGUUCAGAAGAACUACUGGAUGGAGCACUCCGUUGAUCUGACGGUGGAGUCCAUGAUGCUCGACUCCAAAGCUUCUGAUCUCGACAAAGAAGAACGCCCCGAGGUACUUUCUCUGCUCCCACCCUAUGAAGGCAAAUCAGUGCUGGAACUUGGAGCUGGCAUCGGCCGUUUCACCGGAGAGAUAGCUAAGAAGGCUGGCCAAGUCAUUGCUUUGGAUUUCAUUGACAGCGUGAUCAAGAAGAAUGAGGAUAUUAAUGGUCACCUUAAGAAUGUCAAGUUCAUGUGUGCUGAUGUUACAUCCCCAGACCUCAAAUUUUCAGAAGGAUCCAUGGAUUUGAUUUUCUCCAACUGGCUGCUUAUGUAUCUCUCAGAUGCUGAGGUGGAAAACCUGGCUCAAAGGCUGAUGAAAUGGUUAAAGCCUGGAGGGUAUAUUUUCUUUAGGGAGUCCUGCUUCCAUCAGUCUGGAGAUAGCAAAAGGAAGUACAACCCGACUCACUACCGCGAGCCAAGAUUCUACACAAAGGUAUUUAUGGGUAGCCAUAUGCAUGAUGAUGCUGGAAAUCCCUAUGAGCUCUCUUUCAUCGGAUGCAAAUGUAUUGGAGCUUACGUGAGGAACAAAAAGAACCAAAAUCAGAUUUGUUGGACAUGGCAGAAGGUCCAGUCCCAGGAUGAUAGAGGAUUCCAGCAAUUCUUGGACAAUGUUCAGUAUAAGUCCAACGGAAUUCUACGUUAUGAACGUGUGUUUGGGCAGGGUUUUGUGAGCACUGGAGGCCUAGAAACAACCAAGGAGUUUGUGGCAAAGUUGGAUCUGAAACCUGGUCAGAAGGUCCUAGACGUUGGCUGUGGUAUUGGUGGAGGUGAUUUCUACAUGGCUGAGAACUUUGAUGUUGAGGUGGUCGGGAUUGACCUCUCAAUCAACAUGGUCUCUUUUGCACUGGAGCGUGCUAUUGGACUGAAAUGCGCAGUUGAGUUUGAGGUUGCUGAUUGUACCAAGAAGACUUACCCAGAUAACUCUUUCGAUGUUAUCUAUAGCCGUGACACCAUUCUCCAUAUUCAGGACAAACCUGCACUGUUUAGAUCAUUCCACAAGUGGCUGAAGCCGGGAGGCAAAGUUCUCAUCAGCGAUUACUGCAAGAGCGCUGGAACUGCUUCGCCUGAAUUUGCAGACUACAUUAAGCAAAGAGGAUAUGAUCUUCAUGAUAUCAAAGAAUAUGGCCAGAUGCUUAGAGAUGCUGGUUUCCAAGAGGUCAUAGCUGAAGACCGCACAGAUCAGUUUAACCAAGUUCUGCUGCGGGAACUGGAUGCUAUAGAGAAAGAGAAGAAUGCAUUCAUCCAGGACUUUUCUCAAGAAGACUAUAACGAUAUAGUCGGCGGAUGGAAGUCGAAGCUUGUCAGGAGCUCUUCCGGCGAGCAGCGAUGGGGUCUAUUCAUUGCCAAGAAGUGAUUUCCUGGCCUGUCAGCUCGCUUCUUUGUUCUAUCAGUCAAGAAUAAAAAAUGUCUUCCCUCUAUUGUGCCGUCCGCACAUCAGUAAAUUAGUGUGUUACUUUAUGCAUCAGAAUAAGAUCCACCCUUCCUCUCUUCACCAGCAUUAUGAUCAUUCCGAGGUUGACGUGCUGGUUGAAGACUGGAAGCUACUGCCGAAUUCGCUUUCGUUGCUGCUGCAUCGUGCUUCUAGUCUGCUAAGACACAAUCGUUCGUUAAGUUGAAAGAUGUAGAGCAUUGUAAUUGCUUUGUACUCCCUUGAAAGAUUCUCUUGUUUUUGCUAUCAAAUGUUUUGAACUGUCCCCUAUUUUGGAACACUCGCAGCAGGAACAUUCAAAAUCAAUAUAUUAAGAACAGUAAUGGCCGUAGCAGCCUUUACUAGUUCUUCACACCACAGCUUCAUCAUCCAACUCCACAUCGUCCCACCAUUAACAGCUAGCUAGCAGAAGCCAAUUACUUGAAAUCCAAACUUGUACACAGAGAACAGAACAGGCAUCCAUUUUUCUCUCACCAGUUC